AUGAGCUUUUUCGUUUCACUUUUGUACUUCCAUUCAAGUUUUUUCGUUUCCCUCCCUACAAUAUACCCACUCCAUUCUCUGCAGAACUUACAUUCAACUUUGGUAACCACACAACACAGAAGAACUUUAGGCGUUCAAAGCUUAGUCUCUCUUCCUCCUUUCCCUGUUCAACGUUUGUUAACCGGCAGAAUAUGCGAUUCUUCACACCAAGAUGAAGAACAUGAAGCAAAUCUUAAUAAUGUUAGGGUUGAACAGAAACAUUUCCAAGACCCAUGUUUAAUAAAGACAGGGGCGAUUUGCCUAGAUAUCUUGAAAACUGCUUGGAGCCCUGCUUGGACUUUGCAGUCUGUCUGUAGGGCUAUAAUUGCUUUGAUGGCACAUCCAGAACCCGACAGCCCGCUGAAUUGUGACUCAGGUAAUCUUCUACGUUUAGGUGAUGUUAGAGGGUACAAGGCUUGCAGCAAUGCCAAAGAAAGGCUGAUUAAUUUCUGAUAACUUCUGUUCUUUGUUGUCGAGUUAAUAAGUUAGCAGUUAAUGUAGAAGUUCUUUGUUCAAAUUUUAAUUUGUUUUAAGUGUAUGCGUUUUAUUUAAUAUAUGAUUUUUCUGAAAAAUUCUUAAUCUUCUCUAACUUGAACUUGAAUAUAAAGGUUUUUAUGCUUCCUAUAUUUUCAAUGUAUCUUACCAUCUUGAACUUGAAUAUAUGAAGAUCCUUAGUUACUGGCUUACUGCACCACAUUUACUAUGAGUCAAAGAGUAGAAACAAAAAUAAUUAAGAUUUGUUUCGUUAUCAUGGUUUCAUUGUCCUAUUGCAGCAUAACUGAUUCACAACACUAUUCAAAAAAAUUCACUUAUUAUC